AUGGACGGCACUCCAACGAGGGCAUCGACGACGGGCACGGCACCUCCCGUCAGAACCCAGCGAAGCAAGAUAGCGGAUAGAGUGAGGACGACACCUGCAAGGACUCUGCCACGCAGAAGGAAGGGCACAAGGUCAUCCCGUGUGAGGAAUGAUUCAAGUGGCCCCAAGUGUGGAGUGAGGCAAGCCUCGCUGAGAAUUAUAUUUCGAUUUCUUUACCUUUUUUUCGUGGAGUGUCUUCUUCUAAGACCUUUACAUGUCAUACAAAAGUGGAUAAAGGAUUAUACAUCACGGGCACAAAAGGCCCGCACGGAACGGCGGUUCAUCAACAUUAUGAACUCGACGGAGAGUCUUGAUACUUGGCUUACCACUGCGUCAUACCUUGACAACCAUCGUGGGAUGCAGGAGUGGAAAAACAUGAUACCGAACAAGGCAGACUGUGACGCGGAGGGCUUGAAGCAUGAUGCCUACUGUGCCAAGACUCUUGCCAUGACUGAAAAUGAACGGGCUAUAGCUGAAUUUCUGCGUUCGCAGCUGCAUCGUACGGCUCACGGUAUGACAAGUCCUUCCAAUUUUCGCUAUUACACGGGCACAAUAAGUUCUGUGGAGGAAUACAAUGAGGCGAUCGUGAGUCUUAUAGAGGCGUUUGGUAGGUCGCGCGUAUGUCGAGAAGAAGUCACCUCGGCGUUGCCGCCAUGCAAUAAGGCAAAAGAGGAAUUCUUAUUGGAAGAAGGUGCCUCAUUGAACUCAAAAUUUUCAACGGAUAUAGUUCCUAACAAAUUUUCAAAAGCUGAGCAUGUUGUUGAUUCUGGUAACAACGAGCAGUCGAGUACAGAGAAGUGUGUAGUUGCUUCUGUAUUUGAUCAUUUGGAGUACAAAGUAACUUCAGUGUAUCUUUCCUCUCUUCUUAAUUGGGCCGCAAGGCCACAAUUGCCCGCUGAAAAAUUUUUGACAGAUGUCCAGAAGCUCAAGGUGCUGCAAGACACGUUAAGAUCUUAUGGACGCAGCGCUCUUAUGUUAAGCGGUGGCUCGACGUUGGGUGUUUCCCACAUGGGUGUUGUGCGAGCUCUUUUUGAAGCCGGACUGCUGCCCGAUAUUAUUUCUGGCUCCUCUGCUGGUUCCAUCAUUGCCUCUAUUGUAUGUUCUAUGAAAGAUGAUCAACUCCGUGAAUUACUCUCGGACUCUAUAAUGAACGUUCAAAAAUUGCAAAUUUCUCCCUUUGACCAUGGGGAAUUUUUUGCCAAAAUAAACCAACUUUUGCGUACGGGGGCCUUCAUGAACGUGCAGAAACUUAUGGAGUGCCUCCGCAACAAUGUGGGGGAUCUUACCUUUGAAGAAGCAUAUCGUCAUAGUGGCCGUAUAUUAAAUGUCUGUGUGACAAGUGAACAGUACAGUGGUUCUCACAUAGAUCGGCAUAUGCUUCUGAACUAUGUUACAUCACCGAAUGUCGUGCUCUGGAGUGCGGUGAGUGCUAGCUGCGCCCUACCCGGACUCUUCACGGCGGUGCAACUUAUUGAGAAGUUACCUGAUGGUAGUUUCCGACGCUUUCUUCCAGGACAACUUUGGUGUGAUGGAAGUCUCGCUCAGGAUCUCCCGCGAGAGAGUCUCGCUUCUUUGUUUAAUGUAAACUAUUUUAUUGUGAGCCAGGUGAACCCGCACAUUAUACCAUUCCAGCGAAAACCUGUCUCUCCACUUGUGUACAAGGAGCGUCGGCCAAGAAAGAUUCUCAGCUCUCUGUGGUACGGGUGUUUCCGAGAGAUUCGCCGUUGGAUUUUGAAACUGUUUGGUAUCGGCGUUCUCUCCACAACUGGUCGAUGGGAGUUGCCCUAUCUCUUCUUGACGCAGCGGUACGACGGCGACAUUCUUAUUCUACCGAUAGGAAAUGUUCUGCAUGCCGCACCUGACUAUUUCAAUAUUGUGGCAAAUCCAAGCUCUGAGUACAUUGCAUUUGUCACCAGCAGGGCACAGCUGAGGACAUGGCCACACCUCAAUCGGAUCCGUCACUCUACAAUGAUUGAACGAGCCCUUUUCAGAGAAAUUGAUUUGUUGAAAGAGCGCGUUAAGGAUGAAGCUGUAGCAUUGGAAUAA